ACCAACCGCAAUACAACAACCCUGAAAAUAGCCGCAACGUUGUGGGUAAAAGUAGAUGCAGAAAGAAAAACAAUUUUUCAUAAGAUAAAAAGCGUUAAAACCUAGUGAAAAUAAUGUCUACGGAAGACUUCUACUUACGCUACUAUGUUGGUCACAAAGGAAAGUUCGGACAUGAGUUCCUCGAGUUUGAGUUCCGGCCGGAUGGAAAACUGCGCUAUGCCAACAAUUCCAACUAUAAAAAUGACACCAUGAUCCGCAAAGAAGCAUUUGUCCAUCAAUCUGUCAUGGAAGAAUUAAAGCGCAUCAUUAUUGACUCGGAGAUCAUGCAGGAAGAUGAUCUGCCUUGGCCCCCACCGGAUCGAGUUGGCCGACAGGAACUGGAAAUUGUGAUCGGCGAUGAGCACAUAUCCUUCACCACCUCAAAAACAGGCUCAUUGGUGGACGUCAAUCGGUCCAAGGAUCCAGAAGGCUUACGCUGUUUCUAUUAUUUGGUACAGGAUCUAAAAUGUUUGGUCUUCUCGCUCAUUGGUCUGCAUUUUAAAAUUAAGCCCAUAUAAAACUGUUGCCGAAACCGCAUUCAAACUCAUUUAUAUAUUCUAUACAUA